AUGAGUGCAACUUUUGUGUACUCACCAUUGCCUCAAGGAUACAUUCGUCUCCUGCAGGCGAAGCAUCGCUGCAAUGGAGCUGUCCUAUAUGAAUUCCAAAGCAAGUUGCUUGACGAGAGUCUACGGUUUCGCGCCAUUUCAUACACCUGGGGCUCCCCAGCUUUGACCCAAAGUAUCACGUGCAAUGGGCAGAAACUGCUGAUCACGCGCAGCGUCUUCGAGUUGCUCUCUUCGGCGGUCAUAUCAAGCUUAUGUGACGAACUUCCUAUUUGGAUAGAUGCCAUAUGUAUCAAUCAGCGCGACGAUACGGAAAAAGCCCACCAAGUCCGAAAUAUGGAUACUUUGUACAGCUUGGCUGAGGAGGUUAUUCUGUGGCUUGGUCCGCCUAGCUCAGAUAGCGAUCUUGCCAUGGACACAAUUUGUGCCUUGUCUGAAAAGAAAGGCGUCAUUUCGCGGAAGAAUCUCUCACAAUUUGCCAGGAGCGGAGAGGUAUUAGAGAAGUGUGGUCUAGCCGGCGCAGGCGAAGAGGUACGAUCUGCUCUUGGUUCACUCCUUUAUCGGGAAUGGUUUCGGCGUCUCUGGAUCUUUCAGGAAGUUGUGCUAGCUCGAAAGGGCCAGAUUGUUUGCGGUUCGAAAGUCCUCCCUUGGGACGACUUCUCCAGCGCUACAUCCGCGCUGGCCAGGCUUCAGGUGCAUCAGUUCUCGAUAAUCUAUCCAGAUGUCGUUGCUGGCUUGCGAGGUCUCGAAGCAAUCCAGGAGAUGGAAGCCGCGGCCGAAGCCAGAAAAUACGAGGGCCGGGAUCUGAAUCCUGCGUUCUUGCUGGAUCUCGCCCGGAGGAGGGCCGUAACGGAGCCACGGGACCGGGUGUAUGGUAUCCUUGGGCUAGCUUCACCGCGUCUGCGGGACAAGAUCACUGUUGACUACUCACAGCGAGAUCUAAGCGCGUUAUAUAGACUCUAUGUUGAGUGUGGAAAAGCUUGCCUGGAAGAAGACACCUCACUUUCUGUGUUGUAUAUGCUCUCAGGGACAGAGAAAAACCCUGCUCUUCCUUCUUGGUGUCCGGACUUCGGAAGCCCACCAAGUCGCAAUUUUUAUAUGUUCCCGGGCUGGAAAGCUGGCAUACCAACUGCACCACUAGAAGAGGAGCUACCGAGUGCAUGGUUUGAGCCAGAGGAAGACGAUCUCUAUGCCCCUGGAUGCCGGGUAGAUAUUGUCGACCAGGUGGUGGACUCUACUUUCUGCUGGUCAAGCCUCGAACGAGAUGCAGAGGAGUCAAGCACGGAAGACGCAGCGAGCAAUCUCAUCUGGGAGAGCGAGUGCCUUGCAAUUUCAGGGCUGACCCCUGCGGAGCGAGACGAGGCACCACCACUCUCCUACCUCCUUACUCUUUGUGAAGGGUACCUGAGCAGCUUUGAGAACGAUCCAGACAUAAUCCGUGAAGCAUAUCAACGCAUCCGGUCCCUCUGGCGAAACGCGGGUCAGUCAAUUCCACCCGAGGACGUCAAGCAACGUAUUAGAACAGCAACAUAUGCUUUUCAAUCUCGCCUGAUGCACAACUGCUUGGGCCGCAAGUUCUUCACAAGUAAUGCCGGCCGUAUCGGGGUAGGUCCUCCAGAGACCCAGACCGGAGAUCACGUAUACAUUCUAUAUGGCGCAGGGCCACUCUACUUGCUUCGCUUCACCGACGAGGCUUCUCGGGUCCUGGGCAACGUUUACAUCCAUGAACUUAUGAACCUUGACGAAACUCCGGAAGAGGCCAAAGAGGAGAAUGAAAUAGUGGUUAUAAAUUGA